UGUACAAGUGAGUGCCAGACUAAGCAGCUCAGGAUGCAAGUGCUUUGGGAGAUGUUUAUGCUGCUGGCAUUGCAAUGUGGUUUGACCAGUGGAGCAACUGACCCCAUAUACCUGGUUACAGUCACUUCCCAGGCUGUGGGCGGCAGUACGGAGACUCUGUGUGCACAGAUCCAUGACCCCAAAGUGCCACUUACUUUAGUGGUAACUUUGAUUUCCGACAAUGGGAACAUGACCAUUUUAGAACAGCAGUCCAUAACAAAUGAUUUCUACAAGUGUGUCCCUUUUAAGGUUCCUGUAGUGACUACAGAUUCUGUUGCAAAUGUCAAAGUUGCAAUCCGAGGGAAAACAACGUCCAUACUUAAAACAACUCUGAUCCUCAUCACACCUCCAAUAAAGCUAAUUAUCAUCCAAACAGACAAGCCUAUCUACAAGCCAGGACAAACAAUUAAAUUUCGCAUUGUGUCUUUGGAUUCCAGUUUCUUGCCUCACAAUCAAGUGUUCCAAACAGUAGAGCUUCAGGACCCUAACUUCAAUCGCAUUGGUCAGUGGUUGAACCAGUCCACAAACAGUGGAAUUCUGGACCUCUCCCACACCAUGACCCCAGGAUCCACUCAGGGUUACUACACCAUCACUGCUUGGGAUGAGAAGAACCAACAAACAUCACAGAGCUUUGAAAUUAAAGAAUAUGUUCUGCCAAAGUAUGAAGUAAACAUCCAUCUUCCACCCGUUAUAACAGUCCUGGACAAAGAGGUCACUCUGAAAAUUUGUGCAAAAUACACUUAUGGGAAGCCUGUGUUGGGGUCUGUGGAAGCUGUAGUGUGUGCACAAAACUCUGAUUUUUACUGGUAUCGGCGACGUAAUCCUGAAAUGAAUAGCAUAUGCAGGAAAUAUUCCAUGAUGACUGACGAGACUGGCUGUGGGUCUCAGGUGAUAAAUGUGAUAGAAUUUGGCUUGACUUCAAGUGGAUCUUUUCAAGUGAAUGCCAAAGUGGAGGAGUAUGGAACAGGGAUAAUUCUGGAUGAUACUGCCAGGGUUACGUUCACCAAUGAAGUUGUCAGAGUUUCCUUUGUAGACACACCAGAGACAUACAGGCCUGGCAUUGACUUUAAUGGAAAGGUUCUGGUCACUGAUUAUCAGUCCAGCCCGAUGGAAAAUCAACAAGUGUAUGUCUAUGCGAAUUAUGGUUAUAAAAGUGUGAAUGUGACAGUGACAACAGACAGCAAUGGAAUUGCCCACUUCUCCUUCAGCAAUUCAGAUUGGUCAGAAUUACUUGUUGUUUUACAGGCCAAACAUAAGGAGGAUGAAGGCCAGUCUGUCAGAUCUUAUCAAGUGGAAUAUCUCUCACUAAGGCCAUUUUACUCCAAAAGCAACAGUUUCCUGAUGUUGGUGAAGGCUCCAGGCAAGUUCAGCUGUGAGACUGAUGCGCCUGUGCUGGCCAGAUACAUCAUUCAUGGCAAUGCACUAAAACCGGGUCAGAAAACCUUGGAUUUCUUCUACAUGGUCUUAUCCAAGGGCAGCUUAGCUCAACACGGUCGUCUGUCUGUGAAACUGAAGAACGGAACAGAAAACAGAGGAAAUCUGACACUCUCAUUAAAACAGACGGCAGCCCUGUCUCCGAUCGCCCAGGUGGUGGUGUACACGGUUCUUCCCAGCGGAGAAGCUAUAGCAGACAGUAUGGACUUCCCCAUUCAGCAAUGCCUGCCAAACAAGGUCUACUUAAAUUUCUCAUCUCCCACGGCACUACCUGGAGAGAAGACAUCUCUUAAACUGAAAGCUCAGCCUGGUUCCCUGUGCUCUGUGCGGGCUAUUGAUCAGAGUGUGCUGCUGUUGAAACCAGAGGCCGAGCUUAAUGCAGAUUUUGUCUUCAACAUGUUACCAGUCCAAUCGUUGUCAGGUUACCCAUUUGAGAUUGAAGAUAUGGAGCCCUACACCUGCCCACCCUUCUCUCGGGAUGAACUGCCUUCCGAAAGACGCAAGCGCUCCCGUUUCUUCUACCCUUACUACACCAGCAGCAUUGAUGUCUACAACAUCUUUAAAGGAGUUGGAAUCAAAAUUGCUACCAACUCUGAUGUGAAAGAACCUAUUAUUUGUAAUGCCUUGGUGAUGACGAUGAGAGGUCCAGUGGAUGAAGGUGCACCUAUGGCCGCUGCUCAACCAGACUCAAACAUGUUUGUUAGUAGACAUAUGAAAAAUCCUGUUGAGACCAUUCGCACAUACUUUCCAGAAACUUGGAUAUGGGAUCUUGUCCCUGUGGGGAGGUCAGGAUCUGUGGAUAUUGCUAAGACUGUCCCAGACACCAUCACUAAAUGGGCAGCAGGGGCUUUCUGUACGUCACCUAUUGGGUUCGGAGUUGCCCCAAGCAUUAAUCUCACUGCCUUCCAGCCCUUCUUUGUAAGCCUGACCCUUCCUUAUUCUGUUAUCCGCGGGGAAGAGUUCACUCUCAAAGCCUCUGUAUUCAACUACCUCUCUAAAUGCAUUAUGGUGAAGGUAACCCUUGCAAACUCAAAUCAGUUCUCUGCCCAGCCUUGUGAAGGUUGCCGUUACACUCAGUGUGUAUGCGCUGGGGAGAGCAAAACAUUUCAAUGGAUUAUUACACCCUCUGCCCUGGGAGAAGUGAACUUCACAGUUCGCGCUGAGACCGUGAAGACCAAGGAACUGUGUGGCAAAGAGGUAGUGACGGUGCCAAAAAGAGGAAAAAUUGACACUGUGGUGCAGAAACUUCUGGUGGAGGCAGAGGGAACUAAACAGUCAGUCACUCGUAAUGAACUCAUCUGCCUAACAGACCGUCCAGUGGAGACAAUGGUCCCUCUCACUCUACCUAAUGUUUUCGUGAAGGAUUCUGCUAAAAGCUUUGUUACUGUACUAGGUGAUCUGAUGGGUCGUGCUUUGAAAAACCUUGCUAAUCUACUGGCUAUGCCUUAUGGCUGCGGAGAGCAGAACAUGCUGCUUUUUGCCCCUAACAUUUACAUCCUUCAGUACCUGGAGAGCAGUGGGCAGCUCACUCCUGAGAUUAAGGACCGAGCCAAAACCUUCCAGGAGACUGGCUACCAGAGAGAGCUGCAAUACAAGCAUGAUGAUGGAUCUUACAGCGCGUUUGGGAACCGUGAUGCUUCUGGAAACACAUGGUUAACUGCAUUCGUGAUGAAGUCUUUCGGAGGGGCAAAGAAAUAUAUAUUUAUAGAUGAGAAAUACAUCAGCCAGGCAAAAGAAUGGCUUGGUCAGCAGCAGCAGGAGAACGGCUGCUUCACAUCAGUGGGGAAACAAUUAAACAAUGAGAUGAAGGGUGGUGUCAGUGAUGAUGUGACUCUCACUGCAUACAUCACAGCAGCACUGCUGGAAUUAGGCAUCGAGAAAUCUGAUCCCAUGGUGAAGAAGAGCCUUGUAUGUCUAAAGGAGGCUUCCAGUAACCUGAACAACACAUACUUCACUGCCCAGCUCUCCUACACAUUCACUCUUGCUGGGGAUGUACAGAUGAGGCAGAGACUUCUCUCCAACUUGGAUAAGCGAGCCAAGAAAGAAGGGGUUGGGCAGUACUGGACUAUGGCAAACAGUGCACAAGGCCCAGGCUCUUUGGAGGUUGAGAUGAGUGCCUACGUGUUGCUGGCGCUGCUCUCUGGACCCACACUGCCUAAGUUUGGGCUGGGCUACUCUGCUGGUAUUGUGCACUGGCUGGCCCAGCAGCAAAAUGCCUAUGGUGGUUUCUCGUCUACACAGGAUACAGUGGUGGCCCUCCAGGCCUUAGCUAUGUACAGUGCUGCCACCUACAAUCCAAAAGGAGCCAGUGCUGUCACUGUGACCUCCCCCUCAGGGCAGAAAUACCAGUUCACUGUGAACCAGCAAAACAGACUGCUUUACCAAGAGAAACAGCUGCAGCAACCUACAGGCAAAUACAAGCUGAGAGCAGAAGGCAAGGGCUGUGUGUUUGUGCAGUUUGCCUUGCACUACAAUAUCCCUCCUCCUCCUGACACUUCGGCCUUCAGCAUCAAAGCAAAAGCGUUUGGGGUUUGUAACAACACAAAGAAUGCAGAUCUCAUGUUAAAUAUCACUGUCAGAUACAACGGCAGACGAGAUGAGACUAACAUGGUGAUCAUUAAUGUCAAGCUGCUGUCUGGAUUUAAGCUGGAUGAGACGUCUCUGCAGACUCUGAAGCAAGACCCAACCAUCAAACGUGUGGAUCUGGACAAGGGACAUGUCUUCAUCUAUUUGGACAGAAUGAAUAACACGGAGACAAAGUCCUUCAACCUGCAGCUCCUGCAGGACGUACCAGUGAAAAAACUGAAACCAGCUGUGGUGAAAAUCUAUGACUACUACAAGACCAGUGAAAUGGCUGUGAGUGAAUACACCUUUCCAUGUGCAUAAAUAAUGAUGACCUGAAAAUGCCUGUUACUAUUUAUGGAGUGCCUGCUGCUGUUUAGAUGACAGAUGAAUGUUUGUAGAAAUGCACUUUAUUCACUAUUAAACAAUUUGACAAUUUCUGCAUCUGAA